GCCUGAUGAACGUAAACAAAAGCGCGAAUGUCAAAAAUUGAAAAAAGCAAAUUUUUGGACAGUCCUCGCUCAUCGCAGCCCACCGUGCCGGUGUGUUUUGGAUUCGAUUCAGAGAACGUAAAAUCGCGAUUUUAGCAAAGUACGAGUACAAACAUUCUCUAAAUGCCUUCGUACUGUGUAAUACAAGGUUGUAACUUCAAAUACACGCACAGUGAGGAUGUUUCCUUCCACAAGUUUCCGCUUCGCAAUCGGGAGUUACUAAAACGAUGGAUCGAAUUUGCAAAUCGUGACCAAGACUGGUUCCCAAGUAAAUGGAGCUGCAUUUGCAGUCGUCACUUCCAGGCGGCCGACUUCCGUGACUGUACUUUGCGAAGGAAUCUUUCCAACAGUGCAAUUCCAUCGAUACGCGCUCCAUCGAAAGAGGUUGCCAGCACGGACAGCUCCGUGAUAUCUGCACCGUACGAGCCGCAAGAGCUACCGCAGCGAGCUGAUGAAUACUAUACCACGGAGGAGCUGGAAGGCCAAUUCUAUGGAGCACCGUGCGAGGGCCUGGACACGGAAGAGAUUCCAGAAGAUGAAGACGCUCCCUUGGCUGACAUCAGCUGUCGAGUUUGCGGCGAGGUGUUUAGCGGAGCAGCAGAAAAGUUGCUUACCGAUCUGAGCGAAUCGCUAAAUGUGAUAAGCAAAUAUUUGCCCUUUGUGAAUCUCAAUCUGCCCAAUUUACCCCGAAAAAUCUGUGCCCAAUGCUCAAAGGUGGUGCAUGAAUUUGCCACGUUCUGUGAAAAGGUUCUGCAAGCUCAAACAGAUUUGGAGCAUCGAUUCGCCUGGAAUGAGGCGACCAUAUCGGAACAUCCGUCACCAAUGGUAUCUAGAGGUCCAUCGGAACCGGGUGGCACUAAACCGAUGAAAAUCAAACAGGAACCAAUCACCAACCUGUACAUCAAAGAGGAGAAAAUCGAAGUAGCGGCCAACAGUGGCCACCGAAUGAAGGAAACGUUACAACAACCAGAAGCCGUCAUCUACCAACCUUUACAAACCAUUGCCACUGAUAAGAAUGGCAUCAUCUACUUCGGGAAUGUGGCAAAAGAACAUAGUGCACGAAGUGAUACACCGCAGCAACAGCAACAGCAUCCACCUUACCGAGAAUCGACGAAAAAUUGUGAAAUACUUGAGAUAGUGAACCUUUAUCCACCGAUCGUGGAUAUUACGAGUGCUACUAUCAGAGAAGUGCAACCAUGCGAGGUCGAACUCACUACGGAGCUUCAUCCAUCGAGCGGCUCACAAAUUGUUUGCAGCCUAAAGGUGGAGAACACGGCCGAUCCUGAAGGAGAAAUAGAUGACUACUAUCUACCUGAGCCGAUGUCCUUCAUUCAAACGCUCGAAGAGCAUAACUACACCAAGCUGCCUAUCCAAGCCGACGAUAAGGACGAAAUCUUUCACAAUCUUAAAACAAUGGCAACCGAUAGCCAACAAGAACCGAACGCAGCUGGUGAUUCGAUCGAAGAGAACCGUUCAGUCCAGGAGGAAACAAGUAGAAGUUGUGGCAACUGUGGUGAGCUAUUUACGCGACGUCGUCAAUUGCUUUGCCAUCGUGUGCUGCUGUGUCCAGAACGAUGCAGGACGUACGCGGUCCACUGUAGAAUUUGCAAACGAAAAUUCUCUUCCUGGCAUCGCUUGCGAGUGCAUAUGGCUUGCAGAUGCCGUAGAAAAUCGUCCAAGCGUAAAAGAAAGCCAAUCACAAAGGGAUCAGAUCCUGCUACGAUCAGAAACCUGGAAUGCGAACUUCAACCAGGAGAUGAAGUCCUUGUCACACGCUAUCCCUGCUCAUUGUGCGAUCGAUCGUACGGUACACUCUCGGCCAUGCGGCGCCAUCUAUCAACUCACCGUCCUAUAGAGCAGUGGAAUCACAAAUGUGGCGUUUGUUCUAAAGUUGUCGAUAGACUGCUCGAUCUAAAGAGACAUCUGCGAAUGUCUUCCUGCGGUAAUUCAACACUGAUCAAUAGGACAGCCGGACAACUUGCCCCGGGAGUGGAAGUGCCUGCGGAAGAACUAGUCAGCUCAACGGUGUUUCCAAUGAUAAGCCCAUCCGCACCGCCGAUCGAUCGCUUACUGUAUGUUUGUCCGACAUGCAGCAAACAGUUCCGUUGGUAUAGCAAUCUUAAGACACACGAGGCGGUGCAUACCGGCGUGAAGGCAUUUAUCUGUGAGACGUGCGGAAAACGUUUCAGUGGCCAGUCACACCUGCUGCAACACCGGUUGACACACUCCGAAGUACGGCGGUUCCAGUGCCAGCAGUGCCCAAAAGUAUUCAAACGCAGCGGUGGCCUUAACCAGCACGUGCGAGCAGUGCAUUUGAAAAUCCGACCAUUCCGUUGUGCCACGUGCGGUUACCAGUUUGCCCUCCGGGCCGAUAUGAUGCGUUGUCGACAUUCCAAGUUAAGGGAAGCGGACAUUUGCUAGCCGGUAGCCAAGAUGAGAAAAGUUUGAAGUGUUAAAAAACCAGCCGAAUGCAAUCGAGAAGAGGUUUACUGUUGUAAACAACGUGUUGAAGGAUUAAC